UUUAUAAACUUAUGUAACAUUCAUUUACUGAGCACUGUGGUAGACAUCCGACAUAAAGUGGACGAAGCAUACGAUCAAGCGAUCAAAUUAGCGGACAAGAAAUUCAAGGUCUUCCAUCCGUUACGUUUGGGUCUGAUGAUCAAUAUGUCCAUCUACUAUUAUGAAGUGAAAUGUGAUCGUCUCAAAGCGCUACAGCUGGCCCUACAGGUAUCCUAA